AUGUCGCCGGGUCCGAGCGGCCAGCACGCGGGCUUGCGAAACAUCAGCUGCGGUCACAAUAAUAUCGCUUUGUACAUAUUUAGAAACCUGCGCAGGUCGGCGCGUGGUUAUCCAAUCCACGACCUAUUUGCGGUCGAACGCGUGGACUCGCAGCUCGCAACCGCCCCACUAGCGUCUCCUAAUACCCGGCCAGUCGCGGCGCCACACGCGACGCUGGACGGACGCGACGCGACGCCGCCGCGCCUCCACUCCCCCCCCCCCCCAUCACCACCCACUCCCACCAGCCCCCCAACUGUGACGAUCACCAGCACUAUCGCGAUUCGCGAUAAGUUUGCACUUCCGCGACUGACCGCAGGGCCCGAA